CGGAAGCGCUACCGUCGCCACCAUCACGCUCCUCCAGGCACCACCCAAUGAGAAUGAGGUCUUUUAGCCAAUGGGAGGGAUUCGGAUCUUGGGGGAGGGGGCCUGGGGGGGAGAUCCAGCGGACAAAGGGGAAUCUCCGUUCCCUCCCCCCUCCAAACCCACAUACAAGUUCCGGUAACCUAGGGAAUCUGGAACCCCAAUACGUUUUGGGUUGGGCCUGGGUGAGAGAAAUCUUCGGAAUCUGGAAAUGACCGGUAACCAAAACGGUGGAAGGAUUACUACUCUCGUCGGCAACUCAGAGGAAGAGGGAAAAAAAAAAAAAAAGAAAGAAAAAGUCGAAAGAAUCUGUGCGGGAUCUGGAAUGACCCGACCCGACCCGACCCCGGUAACCAAAAUCGUCGAACAGCCAAUGGCCAAUGAACAGGAAGGCCACUCCGUCUCGGGUAGAGACCAUUGCGUAGCAAGUGGCGCAUACUACCUACCUACCUACCACCCUUCGUCCUGGCCUGGACCUGAACUCGAGAUCCUAGGAAUCUGGACGCGUUCCUCUUUCUCUCUCUCGGCGUUGUCAUACCCCGAAGGUGGCGAGUUGGAAGUCGUCGUGGCGUAUAAGGUCUUCGAGAAACGGCUAGUUCGUCGCCACGGGAUCUUGGAUGGGAGAAGGAUACAUGGUUGGUUGCCGCUUCUCCACGAGAUCUUGGACCGGGGAGGAGAGAAGCAACAGCCGGUAACCAAACACACACGAAAGGUUGGAAAGUUUGAAUUUUUGGGAACGCCACAGUAAGGAUACAUUAAAUUUCCG